CCAACCGAUCACAAAACACACCUCCCAAGAUCAAUACCACUCCCCGAUACCUCCACGAUACCACGACCCCCACGUGCACAACCCCCCCCCGUCCUCACUCACCCAACUCCCCACCCCCACCCCGCUGCCCACAGAACCCGCCAGCCCCCACCCACCCCGCUCCCGUCCAUCGACACCAUCCCCCCGCCGCCAAUCCAACCGCCCGUCCACACACCCCCUCAAGACUCCGCCCCGCCCCCCCCCCUACGAGCCAAUACCCCCCUGUCCGCCCACCAUCCUAUCCGCGCGCCCAUCCCCGAUCCCCACGCCCCCCGACCGCCCACGCGACCCCGCCUCCCCCGCUACCGGGCCUCACCCCGGCUCCCGAACCACCACCACUCCCGACCCAACACGCACCCAGCGACAAACCCCCAACCCGCUCUCCAACCCCCACACACCUACUCACCCGCACCCUCCCACGCCUCCCCCCUCCCACAGCACCACCCCACCUACUAUACCCCCCCCCAGCUCGUCCGCCGCCACCUACCCCGCCCCGCCCACCCCGGGCACGGCAUCACCCCAACCACCCCCACACCACCCCCGCCCCACCCCCCUCCCCCCCUCCCACCCCCCACCCGCACGCGCCCCGCCCUCCCUCACACCGCCCAGACUCCCGGCCAGAUACCAGACCAACAACCACACUCACCAACCUCCACCGCCUGCCCCCACGCCCCUAAACCUCAAGCAUCACUGUAAAAGACCUCAACCGCCACCCCAUACUAACCCUGAACAAUACACUACAACACCACCCUCACCACUCAUAACCCCCCCGCCUCCGCACAGCCGCCCAUCCCCGCCACACCAAACCGAUCUCCAACCCACGCCCCCCCCUAAGCCCCACCCCCCUCCCACACCACCCGCCCAUCCACCCCCGCCACCCACCACGCUUCACCCCGCCCCCCCCCUCCGCCCCCGGCGAUCACGCUCCGACACCCCCCACUCCCACCCACCCCCUCCGCUCACGGGCCCGAGCUCCCGUAACCCGCCCCCGAACCCUCCCCCUCUCCGCCCCCCAGGCACCCAUACCCCACUCCCCCCGCCGCUUCCGGCCACGCCCUCCGACCAGACCUCGUCCCCCCCACCCCCGCCCCCCCCGCCCCAACCUAGCCCGCUCACUGUACCACCCCCGCACACCACCCACCCACCCCCCGCACACCGCCUCCCCCCGACCACUCCCACCCUCGACCCAUCCCUCUUGCACCCCACCGUCAGUCCACCCCCCCGACCACCCACCCCCACACGCCUGCCCCCCCCCCCCAAACGCCCAAGCCGAUCCCCCACCACCCACGACCGCACCCGCUCUGACCCAUCAGCAAACGCCCAGCCAUCGUGCCACGCUCCCCAAACAAACCGACCCCCGCCCCGUUACCUCGACCCGCUCCCCACCCAGCCCUCUCAACCACGCACCCUACCCCCGAACGCUCAACCCCACACCCCACACCCACCACCAAACGCACCACCCACACCACCGCUCAUCCGCACACGCACCCGAAUCACCCACGCCCACCUCCCCGCCCCAAGCCCCCCCCCACAAUCAUUCGAUCCCCGCCACCCGCCCCAAAACGCCCCCCACCCCCGCCCGCCCCCCCCCUCCCCAGCAAAUAACACCCCAUCACCCAGGCACCUCCCGAAUAUACAUUUUACCGACAAACCUCCGCGCUACAUACCCCACCCAUACAACCGCCCCACACAGCCACGCUACCCCCCACCGCCCGACCCCCCCACCUUGUCCAGACAUACCCAUACCCUUCCCCUCCCGCUCACUGUAUCCUUAGCCCGAUUAUUGUUUGAAUCGAACACCACAACAGCACCUUAUGCAAACGGAUCUACUAAACGUAAAUGA